AGACCAGGCACAGAAGCAUUUAAUCCUUUUUAAACUUAAGUGUCUAAAGAAGAAGGAACUGACUCAAACUUCAGGAAGUAGCUGUGAGGAUGCGGUGGCAGGAAAUGACAAAAACCUGAAUACGGAACUGAAGUGGCAGCUCAGUUUCUCUCUCCAAAGUGGCAGCAGCCAGAGAGGGAGUCGGUGUGGACGUGAGGAGCCGGACACUUAGAACAGAGGCUUGCACGGGUGGAGUGACAAAGGAAUCAUAUAUAGAAACCUGAGUGAAAUGAGGCCAUAAUUCUAGGGAUAUUAUAGCACCUGUCAUUGCCGACCACCUCCAGUCACUGCCUGGCUGGCCUCAGGACACAAGUGAACAAUUCCAGCAAUUUUGACUCGUGGGUUACCUAGUGUUACCCACACCCAUGAUGACUUCUCUCUAGCCACAGAUGUGGAAGUCUGUAGUGGGGCAUGAUGUGUCUGUUUCUGUGGAGACCCAGGGUGAUGAUUGGGACACAGAUCCUGACUUUGUGAAUGACAUCUCUGAGAAGGAACAACGGUGGGGAGCCAAGACCAUCAAGGGCUCUGGACGCACAGAACACAUCAACAUCCACCAGCUGAGGAACAAAGUAUCAGAGGAGCAUGAUGUUCUCAAGAAGAAAGAGAUGGAGUCGGGACCCAAAGCAUCCCAUGGCUAUGGAGGUCGGUUUGGAGUAGAAAGAGACAGAAUGGACAAGAGUGCAGUGGGCCAUGAGUACGUUGCCGAGGUGGAGAAGCACUCUUCUCAGACAGAUGCUGCCAGAGGCUUUGGGGGCAAGUACGGAGUUGAGAGGGACAGAGCAGACAAGUCAGCAGUCGGCUUUGAUUAUAAAGGAGAAGUGGAGAAGCACACAUCUCAGAAAGAUUACUCUCAUGGCUUUGGUGGCCGGUACGGGGUGGAGAAGGAUAAACGUGACAAGGCAGCUCUGGGAUAUGACUACAAGGGAGAGACGGAGAAACAUGAGUCCCAGCGAGAUUAUGCCAAGGGCUUUGGUGGCCAGUAUGGAAUCCAGAAGGACCGAGUGGAUAAGAGUGCUGUUGGCUUCAAUGAAAUGGAGGCCCCGACCACAGCUUAUAAGAAGACGACACCCAUAGAAGCCGCUUCUAGUGGUGCCCGUGGGCUGAAGGCGAAAUUUGAGUCCAUGGCUGAGGAGAAGAGGAAGCGAGAGGAAGAGGAGAAGGCACAGCAGGUGGCCAGGAGGCAACAGGAGCGAAAGGCUGUGGCAAAGAUGAGCCCUGAGGCUCCACAGCCAGUGGUAGCUAUAGAGGAGCCAGUGGUACCGGCCCCACUGCCCAAGAAAAUCUCCUCAGAGGCCUGGCCUCCAGCUGGGACUCCUCCAUCAUCAGAGCCCGAGCCUGUGAUAACCAGCAGGGAAAAUCCAGUGCCCUUGCUGCCCGUGAAGCUGACUCUCCCGGAGGACAACGAGGAGCCCCCUGCUCUGCCCCCUAGGACUCCGGAAGGCCUCCAGGUGGAAGAAGAGCCAGUGUAUGAAGCAGAGCCUGAGCCUGAGAAUGACUAUGAGGAUGUUGGGGAUAUGGACAGGCAUGAGCAGGAGGAUGAACCAGACGGGGACUAUGAGGAGGUGCUUGAGCCUGAAGGAUCUUUUUCCUCCGCUCCGGCUGGAUCAUCGGGCUACCCAGCUGGGGCUCUGGGGAUCUCAGCUGUGGCCCUAUAUGAUUACCAAGGAGAGGGAAGUGAUGAGCUUUCCUUUGAUCCAGAUGAUGUCAUCACUGACAUUGAGAUGGUGGACGAGGGCUGGUGGCGGGGACGUUGCCAUGGCCACUUUGGACUCUUCCCUGCAAAUUAUGUCAAGCUCCUGGAGUGACUGGAGCUAGCUGUCUGCUGCAACUGUGAUUUCCCAUGUCCAGAGUGGCUCUGCCUCCAGCCCUUCCCUAUUCCUGCUGCAAAUCUCUAACCAGAUGAGGUCCUAGGCAGACUUCCCUCUCCCCCUUCAUUAAGUGCUUGGGGCAGACAGCAUGGGGAAGGAGGUCCCCUUCCCCAGAGUACUCUCUACCCUGGAUGAACUCGUGGACAUUUCUCUUGUGGUCGUGCCGCCUUCCGCAUGAACACCUCUCUGCCACCCCAAGCUCUGCUCUCCUCCUCUGUGAGCUCUGGCUGCCCGGUUUUUUUACUUGGGAAAGUAUAUCUAGAUUGUGUGGUUUGCCUGGUUGUGCUAUUUGCCCACUUUCCGUCCCUGAAGAAAUCUCUGAACCUUUUCUCUCUUCAGCCCUAAAAUUCUAAAUAAAGUGGGAGUGUGGUCACCUCUA